UGUCACCUUUGCUGAAACAAAUAUUUGAGUAAUAAAGCAAAUAAUUUUUUAUCUUUUACUCAAACUAUCCUACUUACCUUUUUGCUACAUUGUCAUGAAUCAUGGUUUCUCAGGCCCUUGUUAAUGUUGCUUCUACAUUGUCAUGAAUCAUGGUUUCUCAGCCCCUUAAAUUAUUUCCCUUGCUGUUUUAACCCAUUUAAUUCGAGAACAUAUCUAAACCACCAUACAUUUUAAAAUCAAGAACUCCUAUGGGUAGGUGGGGGAAUUGGAGAGUAUCAAUUUAUUUCCGAUAUCAAUUUUCAACCCUUUCCGUAGCUCCAUCUCUAUUCUCUGUCAAUUCAACUUCAACCUCCUAAUCGUCAUCAAUGGCGGUCGUAACUACAGGAGUUUGAUAAUGGCUUCAAUGGUGUUUUCCCAUGGCAAUGUCUGUAAAUUGUUUAAUUUUCAAGGCAACAGUUUGUUACUGUGUUUCUCUACAUUUUUUGGACUUGCCCUUUAUUUCCUUGGAUCGCAUUGACGCUGAAACAUUCCCAUGAAACAAAUGAAGCUGCCAUCAGAUGUUGCAAGAAAGUCCCAAAUUUUGCACAUCCUGAUGCAAAAGACCCACUUACAGAGUUUAUUGUCUUCAGUAAUAUUUUCCAUGGGAGAAUAAUUGGUGUUCCUUCUUUUACUAGUAAAGAAAAUUAAUCUUUUGAGCCACUCCAUUUGUUUGGAGUUACUUUUCUUGAAUAUGUGUGAUAGUAGCUGUUAUUUUCGUUAAACCUACUUAAGCCACAAGGUGAUGGUGGCACAUACAGUAUCAUCAAGGAAUUCCUACAGUCAUUACAUUUUGCUUGUGAUGAAGCUGGAUAACUCUUGGAAUAUGAUGAGUAUGCCUAGUCAUGCCUUGCGGUUGAUCAUCUCCAAGUUCAUCAAAGGGAAUGGAAAUCAUGAUGCUAGUAAAAGAUUUGAGCAGGAUAUACCUAUGGGUGUUAGUGAUAAGCAACCUGAAGAAGGUCUCUGUCCUUGUAUGAGUUUCACUAUGACAUCUGCAACCUGUCCUCUUCUACAACAAACAAGCGCUAGGUUGGUAUUGGAUUAGAUGAAAAGGCAUGGGCUGCAUUCUAGAAUUGAGUACUAGUCCAGAUUUCUCCCUACCGUGAUGAGUGAACCUUGUAAUUCCUCCUGCAUUUGAUGAAAAGUUUAUUUUGAUGCGUCUCUAGUAUAUCAAGCUUGGAGAAUACAGCCACAAGCCCAUGAACUCCGCCCUCUUUUCAAUACAUGAGAAUCACCACUAAUUUAGCUCCCCCUCUUCCCACCCCAUGCAUGCAGACGUUCACUAGUAAUGGUUGUUAAGUAACUUGGAAGGUGAAUAGUGUAUCCUGCAUCAGUAUAGUUAGAUGGAAAUUGACAACAACAUAGUCGAUCAUCAGCAAAGAGUGUGUAUGUUAUUGCAUUGGAUACAUAUAGUACUUUCUGUGAUUGAUAGAAGUCAUGCUAUAUUUUCGUUGCCUAAUGUCAUGGAAUAUGUCAUUUUGAUUCAGCGCAUUAUUAUGUGUGAAGUUUCCAACGACUGGUAUGAACAUUUUAUUUGUUUCUUUUUUACUAUUCAUGAUCUCUUCUGGGAUAUGUUUGAAUCAUUUCGUGUUAUAUCAUGUUCUUCUAUGAUUGCUAAUUUAUCUUACUAGAAAUAAGUCUAAAGCAUAACAUACAAGCUCUGAAGUGGCCAGUUUUCCUGAAAGGCUCCCCACUCUUUUAUGCUGAUGUUAUCAUUGGUGGGUUGUAUAGAAUGUAGAGAAGGUUUGGAAUAGACAAGCCUCCCCUCCCCUCCUCGCCUAAUUCGGACCACAAAGCUGUUUCUAUACAUACAGAUUGGAUUCACUGGACCCUGCUCUAUGUUUUUGUCGAUAACUGGGUUAUAAUGUUUUUUGGGCAGAAAGUACUCAGAUAUAAUGACACUGGCAAAGCCUCUUAAAUCUUACCGGAGGCAUACAUAUCGGAGCUAUACUGGUCACGUAACUGUGGAAGCACCUUUGCUGGUGGAUCACUUAUGUGUCAUGCUCCACUUAUCUGUCUUAGGUGCCGACAGCAACAGCGCAAGCUAAGGAACACUUGGACAUUUUUAAUUAUAAUACGGCAGCAGGAUUCAGGAAUACUCCCUUGCCAGCCAGGAAGUAAUUAUAAUAAUGGUGAUUUUGAUUUGAAUAAAGUAGCUUCGUUGAACCAAGGGAAAAACUUGCCUAUUCAUUCUGUGUUUCUCUCAAAGAAAACAAAACAAGAAAAACUUGUCUAUUCAUUCUGUAUUUCUCUCAAAGAAAACAAAACAAGAAAAACUCUGCAAAAAUGGCGACUGCAGCUGGGUUGGUGCUCACUGCUACUCAGACGCUCCUUUCUGCACUGCAAAGCUGUCCUCCUUGAUGUGGAGUUCAAGCACCAUGAACUGAGCUCUCUAGGAAAUGUCUGGUUUCGCAAGCUCAAGGAUGCUGUCUAUGAUGCUGAUGAUCUAUUUGAUGAAUUCAACACUACUCUUGCUCUGCAGAAGAAACAGAUUCCUGGUGGUAAGAUUUCCAAAAAGGUAUGUCGCUUCUUCUCCAGUGAUAAUCAGUUCCUUUUUGCUGCUAAGACAACUCGAAAGAUUAAGAAGCUUAGAGAGAAGCUAGAUAGCAUUGCCAGAGAUCGUACUCAGUUCGGGUUUGGUGAUGUACAUGUACCUGUUAAGAAGAGGGAGGAGACAUCAUCUUAUGUUUAUGAGUCGAGUAUUAUUGGGAGAGAGGCUGAUAAGGAGGCUGUCUUGGGUUUGUUGUUGCUAGACGACGACUCAGAUGUUGAACAUAAUGUUUCUUUUGUGAGUAUUGUUGGGUUUGGUGGGUUGGGAAAAACUGCUCUUGCCCAACUUGUGUUUAAUGAUGAGAGGAUCAAAAGUGCAUUUGAACUGACCUUGUGGGUUUGUGUCUCUGAGGAGUUUGGGAUGAGAGAAAUACUUUUGAAGAUGCUUGGGAUGACUACUUGUGAGCUUAACAAAGAAGAGUUGCAGCGGAAGGUUCGUCAAAAGAUCAAGGGGAAGAGGUACUUUCUUGUUCUAGAUGAUGUCUGGAAUGAGAGUUGUAACCGAUGGGAGGAGAUAAGGAACUUCUUUCUUAUAGGUGCAAAGGGUAGUAGAAUUCUUGUAACUACUCGCUCAAAAUUGGUGGCAACAGUUAUAGGAGAUCAUCAUGUGCACGAGUUGAAAGGUUUGUCUGAUGAAGAUUCUUGGUGUUUGUUUAAGAGAGUGGCAUUUAAACAAGAAAAUGAACAAGAGGUAGUCGAUGACUUUGUUGACUUAGGUAAACACAUUGUGAAAAAAUGUGCAAAUGUUCCUCUUUCUAUAAAGGUCAUAGGCAGUAUGUUGCGUGAUAAACAUAAAAGCAAAUGGAAGCAGUUUCAAGAACUUGACUUGGCUAAAAUGAGUCAAGGUCAGGAUGAGAUUAUGCCAAUACUCAAGUUUAGCUACUAUCAUCUUACUCCGCAGUUAAAGAGUUGUUUCAGCUAUUGUGCUCUUUUCCCCAAGGAUCAUCGCAUCAAGAAAGUUUUGUUGAUCGACCUGUGGUUAGCACAAGGUUUUCCUGAAUGUCCAAACGACAUGCAAAGAAUAGAAGAUGUUGGUGAGGAGUAUUUUUCGACUUUAUUGCAUCGAUUUUUCUUUCAAGACAUUGAAAAGGAUGAGUACGGUGAUAUUGAUACAGUUAAAAUGCACGAUUUGAUCCAUGAUCUCGCACAGGAAGUAGCAGGACAAGAGUCGUGCUUGGUGAUGGAUGAUAGGACGAGCCAUUUCGAUGAUAAUAUUCGUCAUCUCUCAUUUGCUUAUCCAGGUGACUUCUCGCUUUGUCUAAGUAAUGCUCCAAACAAGUUGAGGACAUUGCGCACGUUCCUUGGACCUAUGCACGACCAAUCUUUGAAGAAUGAUGUCGUUGAACUAGUUCUUAAUUGCAGACACUUAAGGGUACUGAACUUACAUCGUAUGUGGGGUACAAUUAAGUCUUUACCCAAAACAUUACUCAACCUAUCACAAUUAAGAUAUCUUGAUCUCUCUUGCAAUUACGACUUGGAGAUGCUGCCUAAAUCGAUUUCCAAGCUGCAUAAUUUGCAAGUAUUAGACUUAUAUAAUUGUUGGAAGUUAAAGGAGUUGCCGGAGGACUUGAGAGAGUUAGUUAAUCUUAGGCACUUGGAUAUACACGGGUGCGAUAAAUUAACUCAUAUGCCAGUAGGAAUGGGUAGUUUGAUUGGUCUUACCAGACUAACAAUGUUUGUUUUGGGUAGAGGAAGUUCCAAUCAAGUGCAGUUUGGUCAGCUUAGAGAUUUGAUACCUCUAGUUAACCUUAGAGGUGAACUCACAAUUUUAUUUAAAGAGGGUUGUUCAUACGAUGUAGUAAAUGCUGAGGAGGGAUCAUAUUUGUCGAACAAGAAAUAUAUCAAGUGUGUGAAAUUAGGGCAUGAUGAAGCUGUUUUUGAUGAAAGAUGGCUAGAAGCCCUUAAACCCCACUGUGAUAUUAGAGAAAUUAACAUUGAGGGUUACAAAGACGUGAGAUUGCCAAGUUGGGCAGUGACUCUGGCGUCCUCUUUUCCGCUCCUUGUCAAAGUCGAUCUGAGUUAUUUUAAUGAGUUGGAGCAUAUGCCGCGGUUGAGUCAACUCAAACAUCUCAGAAUUCUUAAGCUGUCGGGCAUGCUGAAUGUGGAAUACAUGGAGGAUGAUAAUAAUGGUGCUAUACUACCAUUUUAUCCUUCACUUGAGGAGCUUUGUCUGAUUAACUUCCCGAAGUUAAAGGGAUGGUGGAGAGAAGUAGGUGUGGAAAGGGAAGCUGCGUUAUCUGGUGUUCUUACAUUAACGAUAGAAAUCUGCCCAAACUUGACAUCUUUUCCGGGGUGUCCGAAGUUGAAAGUAGUCGAGCUCAAAAAAUUCAAUGAUGCCCUGACAUUCUGUGCAGGUCCAAACCCAAGUACAUCUUCAGACGAUCUCGUUUAUUGUUUGGAUAAGUUAACAAUUGACAAUGUGCGGUCAUUGAACUCCCUAUUUGGGGAGACUCUACAAGGUAUCUAUAAACUAGUAAUAGAGAGCUCUGAGGUGCAGAAUUUGUCAACUAUUGCAGAGUGGUGUCUAAAGCACGCUUCGUCUAUCAAGUCCUUAAAAUUCUCAAAAUGCAAUAAUCUGAUGAGUCUUUCCAAAGGAGGAAUAGAGCAUAUGACUAAUUUGGAACAACUCGUCGUUUUUUCAUGUAAGAAGCUAGAUUUAGGAGGAGAUGAUGAUGGGAUGCCAUGGAGUAGCCUCUCUUAUUUGAACUUAUUCAGACUUCCAAAGGUUGUAAAUCUGCCAAAGGGGAUUCAAUACUUGUAUUCCCUUAAAAUCCUUUAUAUUAACUCGUGUGAUAGCUUGGAUAAUCUUCCAGAAUGGCUCCAUCGCCUCACGUCCUUACACUACCUUGAGCUCGCUUGGUGCCCUAGAUUGAAGUCAUUGCCAGAAGCAGGCCUCCCUAACCUUAAAUUUUUUAAAAUAUAUAAUUGCACUGAUGAGUUGGUGGAAAGAUGUAGAAAACCAGAUGGGGAAGAUUGGCCCAAAAUCAGCCACAUCCCCCAUUUUAGACUGGAAUGAGGCUUUUAUAAGUCCACCGGUUUCCACGCAUCACAUCAACUCACCACGUAUAUAUUCUCUACCAAACUUAGCUUACCAAACGUAUAUAUCGGUGCCAAUGUUGUAAAUAAAUGAAUUAUAUUCUAUGAAUCAAUAAAUAUUCUAGUCCCUCUUUAACGUAUUACUAGCAACAUUUGGUAUUAUUUGUAAGAGGUAAAAUAUUCAAUUGUUGCUAGUAAUUCAUUACGGAAUGAGUAUAUUGAUUUGCGAA